UCUCUUACCGCAUUCAGUAUUAUAUUUUUGUAUGAUAAUAUUUCAAAACCUUUCAUAUUUUCAUACUCUGUUGCACAAUUUUUUAGUACUACAAUUUUUACAAAACUGUAGGUAUAAGUGAUUUUUUCAAAAAUUUUAAAUUGCCCACAAGUGCAAAGCUAACAGAAGAAUGAGCUCGUCUAGUAACAGAAUCGGUAACCCGAUGAAGUUUUCAUCCAGCAGAAAAAUUUCUCCCGGCCUUGCAGCACCAGGAUCACCUGGGACAUUUCGUCGCACAUCUGCUAGUGACCACCUGCCCCCACUCUUAACGCCGGGAUCUUCGUCAUCGUCGUCGAAUAAUAUUAACAAUGGAGAGGAGGAGUCGACACCUCGUUUUCGCAAGUCGGGAGGGUCGGGGCUUGUUGGUGGCAGCAGUGGCGGGAGAGCGCAAAGUGGCCAGAGAGGAGACGGAGAUAUCAACAACGCGGCGCAAGAAGGAUCCUCCGACCCCACCAGUCUCUCAAAAAUGGCCGCGGACAUCCCUCCCGCGGUGCAAACCCCUUGGUCCAACAUCAAGGAGGACUACGAGCUCAGAGAGGUCAUCGGGGUGGGGGCGACCGCUGUGGUUCACAAAGCUUUGUGCAUUCCCCGACAAGAAAAGUGCGCAAUAAAACGGAUCAAUUUAGAAAAAUGGAACACUUCAAUGGAGGAAUUGUUGAAAGAAAUCCAUGCAAUGUCAUCAUGCAACCACGAGAAUGUGGUCACGUACUACACCUCCUUUGUCGUAAAGGAAGAGUUGUGGUUAGUCCUCAAGUUGUUAGAGGGUGGUUCCCUUCUGGACAUAAUAAAACAUCGGAUGAAGCAACCUGAUAGUAAAAAUGGAGUAUUUGACGAGCCUACCAUUGCUACCGUAUUGAAGGAGGUACUCAAGGGAUUAGAAUAUUUCCAUUCCAACGGGCAAAUUCACAGGGAUAUCAAGGCCGGGAAUAUUCUCAUUGGAGAGGGUGAGUUAUUCUACUAUUACUCAAGUGAUGGGACUGUUCAGAUUGCCGACUUUGGGGUAUCAGCUUGGCUAGCGACCGGAGGUGACUUAUCACGACAGAAAGUACGGCACACUUUUGUGGGGACACCGUGCUGGAUGGCUGUCGAAGUUUUAGAACAGGACCACGGAUACGAUUUUAAAGCAGAUAUUUGGUCCUUUGGGAUCACAGCAAUAGAAAUGGUGACAGGAACUGCCCCAUACCAUAAGUACCCACCUAUGAAAGUGUUAAUGCUGACCUUACAAAAUGACCCGCCGACAAUAGAAACAGGAGCAGAGGAUAAAGACCAAUACAAAAAUUAUGGAAGAACAAUAAGAAAAAUGAUUGCCGACUGUCUCAGCAAGGAUCCAGCCAAGAGACCAACUGCGGCGGAGCUGUUAAAACAUCCCUUCUUCAAGAAAGCAAAAGACAAAAAGUAUUUGCAACAAACACUGCUUAUGACCGGGUCCACUCCUGAGGUUAGAGUUCCAAAAUCAGUGAAAAAGCAGCCUGGAGCAAGCGGAAAACUGCAUAGAACUCUGAGUGGUGAAUGGGUGUGGUCCAGUGAUGAUGAUGAGCAAGACGGGACUGAAAAUCCAGCCAAAACUGUCAGGAGGCAUUCCUCUGCAACCAUAUCGAGUACCGAUUUACCAGGUGAUACUAUUACAGCACCAACUGAUGCUACAGAGAAAAGUCGUGGUGAUAGUGAGGCUACGUCGUCUGAGACAACGAAGACAAAUAACGAAAGCCCUUCAGCAGUCGGUCAAGUCAACGUUGAUAGUGUUGGACUUUCUAAUGCGACCGUUAACCUUGUACUACGAAUGAGGAACGCGAAACGUGAAUUGAACGAUAUCCGAUUCGAGUAUCUGCCGGGGAAGGACUCUGCGGAAGGGAUAGCGUCAGAACUGGUGGGAGCUGGUCUAGUCGAAGCUAAAGAUAUGAAUGCAAUUUCUGCUAACCUUGAAAAGCUCAUAGAAAAGCGGGAUCAAAUGAAAAAUAUUACCUUUACAUUGAACUCUGGUUGCCUUUCGAAUGAAACACCCGAUGAAAAGGCUUUAAUAGGCUAUGCACAAAUUAGCAUUUCAUCGGAAUGACCUCAAGUCAGAAAUAAUCGAAAUAAGACAUAAUGCAAUUUGCCAUAUUCAUGAACUACUACUACUACUCGCGCGCCAAGAGAACAAGUGUCCGGUGAUGGGUUUCGUAAUUAAUUUUAAGAUGCAUGAUGAAAAAAAUCUAGAUUUUCGUUAGCGCUUUCCAUAAAACAACCAUGUAAUUCCCCAAGAAUUAGUAUUAAAUCAAGAAUUAAAGUUUCGCAUCGUUUCAUCUUAUAUAAUAAUAA